AGCAAGAGCAAGCUCUGUGGCCAGGCACUGGAAAAGCAGUCGGGAAAGAAUCACAGGAAGCGCCUGAUUUUGCUGCCUGUUCGCCCCCCAACCAGGUUUCCAGAGGCACAAGUACCAGAAAACAGCUUAAGAAUGACAAGGAAGAUCUUCACCAACACCAGGGAGAGGUGGAGGCAGCAAAAUGUCAACAGUGCCUUUGCCAAGCUGAGGAAGCUUAUUCCCACCCACCCACCAGACAAAAAACUGAGCAAGAACGAGACACUCCGGUUGGCCAUGAGAUACAUCAACUUCCUUGUCAAGGUCCUGGGAGAGCCAGGCCUGCAGCAGACAGCAGUGGCAGCUCGGGGCAGCAUCCUGGGAUUCUUCCAGCAAGCCCCACACUUGCAGAGCAUGGAAGAGCUGACACUGAUUGAAAACUGUGGUGUCUCCUGUCCCGGCAUGAGCAGCAAUAUAGCGGAGUGUUGGUCAGAGGCAUCAUCUCCCUAGCAGACAAUGAGAUGUGCAGUCUCUGUGUUAGUGUGAUAGUCCCUUUUUUCCUGGCAUAAUCUGUGGGUUGCUCUUCCAUGUAUUGUGAUUAUUUAUUUAUAUUUAUUGCUAUUUAAUUUUCAUUUUUAUUUAAUAGGAUAGGAAAUCCUUGGUCGUGCAAAAACCUGGAAGUCAAGACAGAGAACUUGAGGUCUCUGGGAGUUUGGAAGGACUCACUGCUGUCAUGGCAGAGUCCAAGCCAGAAGAAUCUUCUGCCCAGAUCUCCUCCAUAAAUCAGGGCACAGAAAUUCCUUCAGUGCUUCUGACAGGGAAAGAGAUUAUUUUCCCAUGCUAUUUCAAGGAAACACUAUUGAGAUGAUGAAUUAUGACAGCACCACAAGAUUUGUCCACAGCAAACAUCUGGCCUCGGUAGUGAAAGAUUUUGAGAUAGGUGAUAUUUGACACAGACCUCCAUGAGUUGUUCUAGGGACUAAUUGCACUAACUCUUGAACUUGUGGAUCUUAUUUCUAGCUUGAUUAUUUAUUUUUUUUUAAAAAGUAAGUCCUAGCCCUUGAACCUGGCUACAUCUUUCUUCAUCAGACUGGAGGGAUCCCUUACGUCAGAGCAAAGCACAUUAAACAAGACUAAAUGUUAGGUUAAAGCAAAAAGUGACAAUUUAAAAUGACAAAAAUACAUAGUCAUAGAUGAGUUUCAGAGGGUUCAAUAGGCAAAAUAAAUCUCCUCCAUAGCAGCAUGCACAUGAAGGAAGAUGGUCAACUAUGCCCCAGCUGCCUUAAAAGUGCAUCAAAGAGGUUGUUGACUCAAUGACUUUGUUCUUCUGUAGGAGCUGUAGCAAUGGGGGAGGUCCUCUUUGGGAGGGAGGUCCCAGGACAAAGGCCUCAGUGAUGCGCUAUGGAAACCUUUAUGGACAAAACUAAGUCUCUGGUUAUGCAUGUAUACCUCACUGACUGCCCUGAAACUCCCUGCUUCCACCUGCUCUAGCUGAGAUUCUCCCACCUGGACACUAUCCCAAACGGGCCAGUGAAGCAAGGACAAAGAAACUGGUGUAAAUAUCUUCCAUUUGUGAGUCAUUUCUCUAUAGGAAAAGUGCCAAUCAUCACACUGUAAAAGCUGCAUGAAAAGAGGUUUCAUGAAAGUGGCCACUAGGUAGGUUAUUGUUGCCCACAAAAAAAUCCAGUUUAAUUUCCUGACUGAGUUGUAACCCAUGCCAGCCAAGGCCUGGUCUGCUUAUGUUACAAGCAGCCCAAAACAGCAGAGAAAAUGCCACCAGGUUUAAGCAGAGUGGCUUUCUGGUGAGAUCCUGCUCCCACUGACACAAGUGCCUCUUGAUUUCCAUGUGGACCAAGGUACAUGUCAAGGCUUAGAAAAACAAUUGCUCCUGACUGGUAAAGAAAAUUAGCUCUAGUAAGCCAAGGCAUGUCCCUGGGCUGUUUCUGUUUGUUCAUGAGACAAAGAGGUGCUUUCAGAAAGCAGAACUAGGGUUUGUGCAUGCUGCAUGUACAGCCUUUCUGCAUGAGGGGAUUUGGCACCUGAAGCUGAGCUGCCUUUCAAAGUCUCACCAAGCACCAGGUGCACCAAAGAAGCCAGGGCUGGCUCCUGCUAUGGGAAUGUUGAGCUGUCCUCAGCAUUGGCAAAAGCCAAGGUCUGACAUGAGCACAGCUCAGCCCGUCCAGCGCUGGUGCUGUAAGGUACAGGCAUGCCAGUGGACAGAUUUUGACCAAAAGAAAGAAAGAAAAUAAGAAUAGAAGAACCUGAAAGGGUUCAUGUUGAUUUGUUUUCCAUUCUGAACACUGCUAAUAGUUUGCUUAUCCCUGGGUUUGUGAGCUAUCAGGACUGCCCUGGGGAGCAGCUGAGUGGAAAGGCAAGAGUCCUUUGCACGGUACAUUUCUCCCCACCUCUGCCCACCUUAAUGUGACUAAAUGGGGCCACAGCCCCCUCUGAAUGGCACCUCAAAGAUAAUGAGCUACAUCCUCCUCCCAGCUCUCCUGCAGCUUGCUGGACUUGCAGCAGGACAAAUUAGUCCAAGUAAAAUCACAGCACUCCUGCUGAGGCGUGGUGGUGCUGCUGGGUCUAUCAGUCACUUGCUGUCCUAGGAAACACACACCACCAAGGCAUUGAGGAAAAACAUCUUGUGAGCAGCUGUCACGUUGGGAAGAGGAAAGAAAAACUGGCAAUUUUGUAACAUAACGUGCUUGUUGUAUUUUCUAGGCUAAAAAUCUUCCCUUCUUGUUAUUGCUUUGGGUAUCACUGUUUUCUUUGAUCUCCUUUCAGCUUAGGGGCUUCCUACUGUCACAUCCAGCAAGUAUUUCCCUAGAUCUCUCUACCAAAGACUUCUUUUUUUGGUCAAGUUUCUUCUUGGUGUUUUGGGGAUUUCUUAUCUGUGUCAUCAUGAACAAAUACGGUGCAACUGAUAACAUUGUGUGCUAUAUGAUGUUAUUUAACACCUAAUAUAUUCCAAAUAAAUUAUUUAAGAAACUAA